CGAUACUUGCUUGGAUAAGCAUUUUCAGUCUAGAUUCAAAUCUGGCUACUCUUUGCAUUGGCUCAUGGGAACCAGACCGACUUUUGUCUCCCACCCGCAUUUUAAGAAACGCCCGAACUGUUAAACAGUCCAUCGAACCAACUACUCUCCUCGGCCGUCUUUGAAGACCUGCUGGGAAGAAGACCGAUUCUAACAUCCGUUUCGGUUUUGGACAAUUUCUGCAUAUCUGAGGACUAAAAUCAGACGUCGGCGACUGAAAAGUUGUCGGACCAGGAGCCUAGAGGGGGAUUUAACUUGCAGAGGCCUGAAGAUGAAGAUAAGAGUGGUCCAGAUCUGGGGAUUUUUAAUGACAGUGUUAGGCUGGAUCUUCGUGGCUUGCUCCAUGGCUAUGGAGGGCUGGAAGAUAGCUUCUGUCGGUGGCCAGGCCGGGUCGUCCAUCAUCAAAGUGGCCUGGCACUGGUCCAGCUUGUGGAAAAAAUGUUUCACGGAUUCCACAGCUGUCUUCAAUUGCUAUGAUUUCCCUGUGCUCUGGUCUGUGAAUGGGUACGUUCAAAUAGUGCGAGGCCUACUGAUGGGAGCUCUCUCUCUGGGCAUGCUGGGGUUUGUCCUCAGCCUGUUGGGCAUGGAGUGCACCUAUAUUGGGGGCAAAGACCCUUCAAAGUACAAGAAGAUCUUUACGGGCGGGUGGUGCCACAUCAUCAGCGGUGCAUUGUCCACAGGUGGAUAUGCGGUGUAUGCAGAGUAUGUCAAAAUUGAAAACCUCUCUGCUGACCUGACUGGACUCGGAUUUGACCUUGGCACACCGUUGUUUCUUGGCUGGGUGGGCUCGGCUUUUCAAAUGGCUGGUGGGUUUUUCUAUCUGUGGUCCGUGGCCCGACCGCUCUGCGGAGAAGGAGAAGAAAGAGUGAUCGAGAAGAAACCACAGCCGGAUCUGGAGAAAAAUAAGCCCACCACAGCUUCUCUUGCCGCAUCAGAGACCACCUCCAAAACUAAACUCUCCUCCAUCUCCGAGCUGUCGUCCAGGUCCGAGCGCUCAGACGUGUCAUCCUUAGCUUCCAAGUCGGCACGCUCGUCAGAAUCUGGACGCACGGCCAGGUCGGGGCGGUCGUCCGUAACAGGGCGGACCCCCAGAUCAGCUGGAAGCUCUGUGACCAGCAGCCGCAGCAGCAGAAGCAGCCGCAGCAGCCGCAGCAGCCAAAGCAGCCGCAGCAGCAGCAGAAGCAGCCGCACAGUUUCCUCACUGUCCGGCAGUCUGAGAAGUGGAACUACGCCGUUAGCCAGAAACUCCUACAUUUGAACCGAUACAUUAAAGCAUCAAACAUUAAAAGGAGCAGAUUUUGUUUCCCAAGGCACUUGUAAGAAGGUGAACACAUUGCCUGCAUUAGACGGCAGUCUGAGCCAAAUGCAGUUUGGGGAAUAUGGGAGAAGUUGUCCUCGGUGAAGUCAAGCUAACUGCUCCUCAGAACGCGACCGGUCUCCAACAAGAAACAUGGUAAAGGCAGCAUCAUGCUGUGGGUGAUGCAUUUCCUGUGGAAUAAGAUAGUUUGAUUAGACGAGGCCAAGUUUGAAUUUUUAGACCUACGAAACAUUUUGUGUGGAAGAAAACCGACAAUGCACAUCACCAUGAUCGGGCACAGUAAAACACGGUGGUGGCAGUGUCAUGCUCUGGGGAUGCUUCUCUUCAGCAGGGAAAGUGCGUAGAGUAUGAGUUGACAAUGAUGGCAAGCGUACAGCUAAAGCUAUGGCAAUUGAAGGCUUAGAUGAGAGCAUAUUUAUUAGUUAGAAUGGCCUAGUUAAAGUCCAGUCAGAGAGCGUGGCCCGUUAAAAUCAAAUUCCAACUGUCUGAAAUAAAUCAAAAUGAAAACUUUGGGCAGUUUUAACCAAAACACUGUUUUAAGUAUUUAACACUGUUACACUGACAUGAAACAGUUGUUUACUUUGUCGCUGUUUCUUCAGCAAACAGCAUUUAUGUUGCUGUAAGGUGAAUUUCAGCUGCUAAGAAUGACACAGCUGAUUGGACACCGAAUAAAGCGGGAAGCGUCUUAUGCUGCAGUUAUGUACAGCAACACAGAUGUUGCUUAGCUGAUAAUGAAAAACUUUCAUUAACCCUUUCGUGGCUGUGUGAAUAGUUAGCUUGACUUCCCAACACAGAUCUAACAAGAUUUCACAAACUGAGAUCCUUCUCAUUUCUGUCUCCUGCAGCUUGAGAAUAAAAAGUAAAACUCACUUUUUGUCGUUAAAUUUCUAAACCACAUUG